AGUCACAUUAGAGGAAAUUUGAAAGGUAAUGAUAGAGGACAGGGUAGGGAGGAGCCGGCUGGACCACCAGGACAAAAGGGUAAUAAAGGAGAUACUGGUGCACAGGGGCCAAAAGGAGAUACCGUUGUCCAAGAACAAAAAGGUGAUACUGGUGCUCAGGGUCCACAAGGUGCACAAGGUCCAAAGGGUGAUACUGCCAUCUGGCAGUAGUAGUGUAGGUCUUUCAACUGCUUUAUUAUUGGAUGAAAGUCAGGCGAUGAUUGGCAAUUUAGAUAUGAAGGUAAUAAGGUGAUUAACAUCGCUGACCCAACAAAUGCGACACACAGUUCCAACCAACGGUAUGUUGAUCCAAAAACAAACAAUGUUUUGAGAAUUGAUGGUUCGAGAUCAAUGACUGGAAAUCUCAAUAUGAAUACAAGUAUAACUAAUAUCAAAGAAGCACCACCUCGUGAAAGCGCUCAUGCUGCUGUUGAUUUUGUCAAUAAGACGGUCGCUAACAAUAAUGCAAUCAUCAUGAACUAUUAUGAGAAGUACGUUGAUGACAGAUUAAAUCAUUUUGUGUCAGGUAAAGAUCAGAAAAACGUAUUUCAAUAUCUCAUGGGUAACUCUCCUUCUGAAUUCAGUGAUGAAGAUGAUGUGACUGGUGUCCAGAUUACCAAUAACGAUUUUCACGAAGUCCAAAAAGAGACAUAUGAGAGUAAACUUUAUCUUGAUUCAGCAAAGGUUAUUACAACAGUCGUGUAG